AUGCUUAUAUUUGGGCAUCGGGGCUUCUGCCAUUUGUAUCCCGAAAAUACUAUUCUAUCGCACCUUAAAGCUAUAGACGCGGGAGCUAUGGGGAUUGAGACCGAUUUGCGAAUCACAUCUGAUGACGAGAUCAUUUUGAUGCACGAUACUACGUUGGUUUGUUUUCCUUUAUUUGAUCUUCCAUAUCACGGCUACAUUGACCAUUUGAGAACAAAAAACGAAAGCCAAUGCAUCCCUUUGCUGAAGGACCUGUUGAAUUCUCUCCUGCAGCCACCCUAUGACCGAUGUACGGUUGUUUUAGACAUCAAGGAGGACAAUCCUAUUGCGAUUCUUGAUAAAUUACAAGCGAUCCUAUCGAUACAUGAUUUUACUCCCGAAAGGCUAAUACUAGGGGUGUGGAACCAAGAGUUCCUCUUCAAGGCGAAGGAGUUAUUUGCUAACCGCCAUCAAAUCAUGCUGAUUCACGAGCAUUGGCCCCCAAAAUCGACCUCUUCAUUGGCUAUUCCAGAAGAAGCAUUGGCCUCUGACCUGAUUGACAUUUUUUCCAUCGAUUGGGAUGCCGUCAAAAAAGCUCCAUCUCAGGUUAUUGAUCGUGUCCAUCAAGCCCACAAAUUGAUAUUUGUAUGGGUGUUGAACUCAACGGCAGACAUUGAAAUGGCAAGAACAGCCGGAUUUAACGCCGUUAUAACGGACUGUCCAAACCUUGCCAAAAAAAGCUAG